ACCAGCAGGACGAGAACGCGUGGUGUAUGAAAGUCGUACAUCCGCUUUUGCGCCUGGCACUGAAAGGAACAUCUACAUUAAAAGUAGAAAGCGUGUACGUUCAUAUUGAUAUUUGCCAGAUCUGAUAGGGACUGAUCGUGGAUGCGCAGGCAAACUCAGACGAUCAAUCCCGACGUGCUACCAGUCACGCCUAAGAACUACCGAGUUCAACGUAAGGCCGACUUCACUUUCUCUUUCCAUCGCAACACACCGGAAGCUUCUGAUCUCUAUAACAGACUCGGUCUUGCCGGUGUGGGGGAAACCAUUGGUCAGACAACGGAUGCAAACACAAAGCGAUUAGCCCUCUUCUCCGGUAUCGAAGUGAAACAAGAAAAUGGUGGGAAGGACGAGGCACUUGUUCAACUAGCGAUCUGGCUAGCUGCAGGGCUAGAGAAUACAAGGCGAUUGGGUGACUUGGGCCAGGAGCAGCCAUACACGGCAGGGGAUCUUAAACCAACGGUUGGCUGGACAGUCAUUGGACAUGAUUGGCACACCUACAUUGCUUACAUGGCUAGCCGAGACGGGCGAGAUACAUUUGUAAGAGCACCCUAUUUGCAAUUCUGUUUGUUGGCAAGCUGACAGUUUGGGUGCAGAAUGUUGUCGGACCGUGGAGAGUGGCAGCCGCAGACACUAGAGACGUGUUUGGAAUCUUCAAGCUGUUGCGGUUGGUGAGGAACGCAGCGGAGUUCGCCUCGAAUGACUACUGGG